AUUAUAUAGUGCAGUUUGUACAGUCUAAGUAAGAUAGGAGGAGUUUUACAACAUCGGUGUGAAGUUAAAAAUUGUUUUCUGUCACGGUGGUCAUCAUGUCUAAGAUUUUCCAGGCUAGUAAAGGGUUACUAAAAAUAACGCAGUCAUGUCGAGGAUUAGCAAGGGUGACCCCAGGGAGGCAGGGAUUACGGGAAAUUUUGCAGCCAGGGUCGAGUCGGGCAUUAGCAAGGGUUAUCCCAGCUAGCCGCAGAUUAGGGACAAUUGUGCAUGGACUUUUAACGGAAUCUCCAAUUCUUCAACCUGUCCGGAAACUGGCAAACCAACCAGUGCGCUUUAAAAAAGCUCCAAUAGAUUACCCCCCGGUAACUGGAUCAGACCACUGGAGACGCAAGUUGCGCACGAUUUUCAAGUGUCUGGACAGCAAUGGAGACGGUUUUAUUACGAAGGAAGACUUCGAGACAAGUGCCAGACGAGUUGCCGAGUAUCUUGAACUUAAUGAUGAACAAGCAGGACAUAUUCUAAAUCAACGUCUUGCAAUAUGGGACCUCAUUUAUAAUGCUUCACAAAAUACAUUCAAGAUGACAGAGGAAGAAUACGUUGGCUCCUGCUGUCUAUCCAUAAUUAACCAAAGCAGCCACCGACAGGAGUUUUUCCACAUGAUGGUAUCUGUGGAUUUUUAAGCCAUGGACAUUGACGGGGAUGGUCUUAUUUCAAAGGAAGAGCACAAGGCUUUUUUCCACAGUGUUAACGUCCCUGUGGUAGAGUCGAAAAAUGUCUUUGAUGCUAUGGACAGCGACAAAGAUGGCUUCAUAUGCAUUGAAGAAUUCGCGCAUGCGUAUGCUGAGUUCUUUCUUACUGAGGAGCCAGACAACUCGUUCAAUGAAUUUUUCGGUCCACUGGUUGAUUAGGAACUCGUCGUUUGAGUUAACGAAGGUAUAUAAAAUUGUUUAUUUGUCAUGAUCACUUGAGAGAAAGAGAGAAUGUGUUGCUUUCGUUUCAUGCAAUACCGGUAUUUUAAAACCCACCUUACUUUUUUAACAAUAAAGUUUGUAGGAAUUGAAAUGUGGCAUAAAGCAAUUUGCAAUUGAGUAACUCUCAGAUUAAUAUUCCAGAAGUAUUUCCGAAGCUAGUGGGCUUGUUUUAAUGUUCACAUAAAGGAGAUGGGAAUGUAUGCAAUUUUUUUUUUAUUUGGCUGACUACUGUACCAUAUCCCGGUCGAGUACAUAACGGUUUAGAGCUUCACCUUCAUAACUUUCAGCUUCUCCUCUUUUGUAAUGUAACCACUAUAGCGUUGAAAUACUACAUUACUUAGAGAAUUAGGACUUAACUUCAUCUACCAGCUGGUCCUAGAUACAGAUUGGGGAUAAUAGUAUAGCUGCACACACAGCAUAAGUAAUAGAGUAUUGAGCAGCUUUUUUUUAGUUUCUUUAUUUUUUCUUUUCUUUUUUUUAUUGCGAGUGUCAGAAAUGUGUUAUUUUAAUCAAUAAAAAAAUCACUGUGUGUACUUUUGUGCCAUUAAUUGAAAAACUUCUAUCA